AUGGCUUUCGAUCGUCUGGCCCGGUUCUACCGGUCAUGUCUACUCCAGAUUAUCAUCGUAGGACUAGUCGCCUUCUGCGAACCCGGCAUCUGGACUGCUCUCAAUAAUCUUGGGGCUGGAGGCAAUGCCAAGCCUUACCUGAACAAUGCCGCCAAUGCCUUAACAUAUGGACUCAUGUCAGUAGGCUGCUUCCUUGCCGGCGGCGUCACCAACAAGAUCACUGCGAAAUGGACCUUGUUCAUUGGAGCCGCAUUCUACACUCCUUAUGCGGCCGGUCUAUAUUGCAAUAAUCGCUAUGGCAAUGAGUGGUUUCUCUUGCUUGGCGCUGCCCUUUGUGGAAUUGGAGCAUCCCUUCUAUGGGCUAGUGAGGCUGCCAUUGCAGUUGGAUAUCCGGAGGAGGAGAAAAGAGGACGCUACGUUGCAAUCUGGAUGAGUAUCAGACAGAUGGGACCGCUUGUUGGCGGUUCGAUAUCUCUCGCUCUCAAUGUCAAUACCGCGCAUGUUGGAAAAGUCACCUACACAACAUAUUUAGGGCUUGUUGCCAUCUCCUCCCUCGGGGCCCCAUUUGCGUUGCUCUUGUCACAGCCACAGGAUGUUAUCAGAAGUAAUGGGACCAAGAUCCCUUACAUGAAGAAGACGAGCCUUGCUGUUGAAGCUCGCGCUAUCUGGAAACAACUUUCGAAUAAGUACAUGUUGCUACUUAUCCCGGUCUUCCUCGCAGGACAAUUUGGUGUAACUUACCAGGGGAAUUAUUUGACGACCUAUUUCACCGUCCGCUCCAGAGCCCUCGCAUCAUUCCUAACCGCCGUGGUUGGCGCCACCGCCAACGUAGUGACAGGCAUAUUUCUAGAUCUGAAAUUUAUAUCUCGAGGAACCAGAUCUAAAGCCGUGUAUAUAUUCGUUCUUGUAUUCAUCACAGCGGCUUGGACAUGGAACGCUAUCACCGAGACGAAACUCUCCCGCAUGGCCGAACCACCCGCCUUUGACUUGGGCGAUGGUCCAUUCUUCAACUCGGCUUUCACUGUCUAUAUAUUCUUCCGCUUCUUCUAUGAGGUGCUGCAGACGUACAUCUAUUGGCUGAUGGCUGAAAUCAAGGGAGCGCAGGGGGAGGGCGAUAUCGCAAGAACAACCGGCAUCCUGAGAUCGUGGGAAUCCAUUGGCAGUACGAUUGCCUAUGCGGUUGGUGCAACUCACUGGGCAAACUUAAAUCAGAUGAUCCUGGGCUUUGCAUUAUGGGGCUUUACCGUCCCGUUCACGCUACUUGCGGUGUUUGGCAAUUGGAAUGUUGAGGGCACCGUUGAGGGGGAGGAAACGGACAGCAGUAGCUUGGAGGCUCAGAGGGUGGUUAUCAAUUCUGAUGGGAAGGACUAG